UUUAAAUAGACGCAGGUUAAUUCUCUCAUGGUACACAAACGACUGUGCCGUGAAAAUCGAUGAAUAACGAGCUGACAUUUAAUUGAAUUUAAAUUUAGCGCUUGUACCGCAUGUGAAUAAGCACGUCCGGCCUUAAGCUGUCAGAUAAUUCCGUGGGAAAAUAAAGGAAAACGUAUAUAUGUAUGACAUCCGCGUGACUUCAGUGAUCGGGUUGCGAAAAAAAUUCGUUUUCAAUCAGGGAAGUCGUGCGCUAAUCUUUCUCGUGUCACGUACGAACGGUCGACUCUCUUUCUCGUCUCUAUUUAUGAAUGGGGGGCCACUCCGCCGCUGUCGAACACGGUAGCGAACAGUAUCCGAGCUCUGACAUACUCUGGUGAACCUUACUCGAUUAUUUAAUCAUCGUCGCAGUCGAUCUUGCGUUGUCGAACGAGUUCUACGCCGUGAUUAGUAAACCACGUUGUUUCGUGACAUCCUCAUAACCUCAAAAAAUCGUAGGAGGACGGGGAGAGAGAGAGAGAAAACAGGAAAAAAUAAGGUGUAUAAAUGACAUGCGACGGAUGAUAGUCCAUCUCGCUGCACACUGCUGAUAAUACCAACGAAAAUUACUACGUGUGCGUGGGUGUUGAUGUGCGCAUACAUGUAUAUAUACGCAUUACGCCGUUGAACGUCCCCUGCGUGUUGUGCACAGCGUAUUUUUCUGGAUGAAAAGAAGCGAAAGAACAAUCAGACUGCUGUAUCCUAUACCUUGUGAUGGAUACAUUGCUAUCAUUGAAUUGAAUGUAGCAUAUGAUGAUUCGCACAAAGAAAUUUUUAAUGGAAUAUUAAAGUUGACAGGACGGGGUAUAUUUCUGAUAUUUUAAAAGAUGAGACAGUGUUGCGUAAACCAUCAACUUCAGCUAUGGCUUUUGUUACUUGUUGUUUGCGUUGUGUACAACAGAGCAGAUAUUUUGGUAUUUUCUGCAGCCGCGAGGCAUCAGAUAGAAGAGGAAUUUAGAGAUAUACCAGCUAGAUUUGGCGGCUUAAUACCAUCAGAGGGAAUUAAGGGUAUGGUGGUAUAUGCGGACCCACCCCCAGCUUGCCAAGAAAUACAGGGUCCUCCAAAUAUUACCGGUUACAAUGGUAAUUGGAUAGCUUUAAUUUCUCGCUAUAAUUGUACCUUUGAAGUAAAAGUUCGAAUGGCACAGAAAGCUGGAUAUGAUGCUGCAAUUAUACAUAAUGUGAACAGCAAUCAGCUAGAACCAAUGGUGGCUGAACAUCCUACAGGGAUAUUAAUACCAUCUGUAUUUGUCAGUGAAAUCACAGGAUUAAUUAUUAAAGAAAAUUAUUUAUACGACGAGUUAUAUUUUGUACUCAUUAACAAUGAUACACCGUUCAAUAUUACACAUUUACUUUUGCCUUUUGCUAUUGUUCUUGGGUUAUGCUUUCUAGUCAUGAUUAUUUUCAUGAUCGUCAGAUGUAUUAAGAAUAGAAGAAGGCAACAAAGACAUAUGUUACCUUACUCGAGUUUAAAGAAAAUCCCUACGCACAAAUAUACAAAAGGUGAUCCAUACGAAACAUGUGCUAUUUGUUUAGAUGACUAUAUAGAAGGUGAAAAAUUAAGAGUUCUGCCUUGCGCCCACGCGUACCACGUGAAAUGUAUCGACCCUUGGUUAACGAAAAAUCGUAGGGUCUGUCCGGUCUGUAAACGAAAAGUUUUUGCAGCGGACGAACAAGUUGUUACUGACGAAAGUGAUUCAGACGCUGACGAUACGACACCUUUAUUUCGUGACGGUCAUCGAGGCACCCAGGGUGGAACGUUUACAUCGCAUGAAAAUCCGUGGUUGGUUAGAAUAUCGCGUGGCAGAUCCCAAACUGGACAGUUGUCGAAUCAGUCGAGUAGCAGUUCUGAUUCCGAAGAAUCUCUUUAUAAUGACGUGGACGAUGUGAGCGUUGGAGAACGAUCUAAUGGAACUGUCUUCAUGGUAUCGGGUACCCUUAGCAUUAACGGUGAAUUACCAGAAGCAGAACGUACUGCGAGCAGUGCAAACCCUGUAGUACAGUGAAUUUACAUACAGCCGUUCAUGGAUUUGCAGCGUCUAUCGUUCAUGUUACUGCAGGUCGUAAUAAACAGAUCGAGACUACGAACCUAAGUACAGUGGAUUCCGAAAGACAUGACAGUUGUGCGUACGAUUUUCGUAGGUUCCCGGUUUAUUGUCCUUCGCGGGACGUUCGUUGUCUGUCACGGAUAAGAUCUACGCAUACUUUUACAUGGUAUUACGAGACUUGACAGAGGAAUGCUAGAAAUACACGAUCGUGAAGCGGAAGAGCAUUUUUCAUGUUUUAAAGAUUUGAUUUUUUUUUUUAUUUGAAAUAAGUGAAGUGUCGGGCAUACUUUUUUUUUGUCAUAAGUGUUGAAAAGUUAAUAUAUAAAUCUGACUCUUUAUGUGACAAGCAUCGCUCUUCAAGCAUUUUUUUUACACCCCGUAUUUUAUAUAAAGGUAAAUAGAAACGUUACUAUCGAGGAUGGUUGGUCUACCAUUAUUCUAUCGAUAAGAAUCAUUGCUUAUCCCAUCAGCUUGCUUCGAUUAAAGGUCGCUUUAGACACAUUGUUAAUAAUUACUUGAUAGUUAAGACUGCAAAUUAUUUUUUAGCCGUACAUCCGAGAAAUCAAAUGUUUCGAAUAGCGCGAAGCGAAUUACGAUACCGCCAUCUUCGAAAUAUUGUUUUACUCGAAUGCGUUGCAUUCACAGUUUUAUGGCCUACGUAUUUUACGUUUGCGCAUAAAUUACCGAUUUUUGCGUACGUUUACCUCCUCUGUUUAGUUACCACAGCAUGAAUACUUUUUCUUCUUUAAUCUAUACGAAUAUAAAUAUCUUCGAAUAAUCGAAUAUUUUCAGCUAUUUCAUUAACGCUAAAUGACGAUCACUGGUGAUAUAUAGUAAAUUACGGUGUAAGAUGUACCUUGGCGACAUAGGCCGCGAUAUAUGAAUUUAUAAAUAUUAUUUGUUACUACAUAUACAUAUAUACAUAUAUAUAUAUAUAAAUAACUUUAAAGACCAAAAAUAGAAUUCCUUUUAAUCCAGGACGUAUAGAGUUUAACCAAAAAAUUGUAAACUCGUAACGAUUAACACUUUCAAACGUCAGGGGCGUUACGUCGAUCGAGCCGAAUCUUUAGAAUUUAAGUGUCCCGAAGUGUAACGCUGAUGAAACAAUUUUACAAGGAAAUAUAAUGAAAUUUCAGCAGUACUUGUUCGAAUUCGUUCGUUUCUGUGUAACUAAGUAAUACAGAAUAACGUUACCGUGUUUCGUAUAACUAAUCAUUUUUCUUUUUUUUCUACGCAAAUUCUGUACGUUUAUAUGUGUAACUCUAAUUAGUGCCUACGGUCAUUUCCUAAUUGUGAAUUGUCACGUGUCCGAAACCAUAAAAUUUAUGUGUGUCGAUGGCGUUUUACCGUAUUAAGUUACACUUUUUCGAAAGAAUGGAAUGAAGGUUGUACAAAACUGUGUAUAUAGUUAGUAUGAGAAACUUUGUUAUGUAUAUAUACAUAUAUAUGUAUAUUGUACAAUAUCGAGGAUUUAACUUUUACUUGAUUACUACUACGACGUCUGAAUCGGAAAAUUAGACACACUAUUGUCUUAUUGUUCAACGUUAGGUGUAUUGUCCAAAUAAAAAUAAAAAGUAUUUAUAUUUUGUAUUUUA